AUGGCGGAGGGCGGCUCGGGCGACGCGGGCGCUCCGGGCAGCCUGCGGCCGGGGCUCCCGGGGGCACGGGGGCUGCUGGGGAGGCGCCCGGCCCCCCCGCUCAGCCCCGGCCGCCUGCCCUCCAUCCGCUCCCGGGACCUCACCCUGGGAGGCGUGAAGAAGGCAAGUGCCAGGGAGGGAAAACCUCACCCCCAACAUAAUCAGCAGAAGAUCAAGGAAGAUAAAGUGCAUCGCCCAGAGAGGAUGUUCGCCGUCAAGAAGGAGAAGAAGGAGCGGGACCGGGACCCGCAGAACGCGAUGGGCACGGCCCGGGGCCGGGGCCGGCCCGAGGAUCAUCCAUUCCCACUUUCCAUCUUCGAUCAGGGCCCCCCGCCGAAAUGCUGGGACGGGACGGGGACACCCAACCCCCGCUCCCCGCCCAACCGCGCCUCUCGCCCCGGUGGCAGUGAGGAAGAGCCGCCGACCGAGGACCCCCCGCCCGCCACCCCAAAACCGGCGCGGGGCGCCCCCUGGCUUCCCGCGGUGACAAUCCGUGGCCGGCUGCUGCAGCGGCUGAGCCUGGCGGCCGAGGACGAGCUGCUGUUCCUCGCUGCCCGCCCACACUUGCGCUGCCCCGGGCAGCCGGCCCACGAGCAGGACGCCACACGCCCGUCAGACGGAGCUGCAGACGAGGAAGGGCAGGCCUUCGAUGGCUCCCUCCUCUACCUGCCCAUCCUGCUGCCCCAGGUACGUUAACUGGACCUGAAGGCUCAGAGGAGGGCGGACGGGGAGGAGGUCAUCAUCACGUCCAGAUCACCAGGUCUGGAGCCCAGCUCCGACCUCUGCAUCCCCUUCUACACGUGGUGUCCGCAGGUGAGUGCAGCGGCCGCGCUCCUGAGCCCCAGCCAGCCUCCGGAGCCCAAAACCCGUCUAAGUUUUUCCUUUUUAGGUGAUGAGGAUCUUGGACAUGAAGCUGAUCGGGAGAACUUCUUUGACCCUUCUCAGGCCCAGCCAUGUUGGCGCAUUACAAGGCUGCAGAUCUGGCCGGGGUACUCCGUCAGCAUCCGCAGGAGGGACGGCGGGCUCUUCCUCCAGGUGGACACUGUCCACAAGGUGAUCCGGAGCGACUCCGUCCUGGCUUCCAUGCACGCCAUCUACAAGCAGAACGCCGCCGGCUUCCAGGACGAGUGCACCAAGCAGCUGGUGGGCAGCGUGGUCAUCACCCGCUACAACAACCGCACCUACCGCAUCGACGACAUCGACUGGGACAAGACCCCCAGGGACAGCUUCACCUUGGCCAGCGGCGAGGAGAUCACCUUCGUGGACUACUACAGCAAAACGUACGGGAUCACAGUGAGGGAGCUGGACCAGCCGCUGCUCGUUCACAGGCCCAAGGAGAAGAGGAUGCCGGGGAGGAAGAUGAUCCUGCUGGUGCCGGAGCUCACCUUCCUGACCGGCGUCACGGAGAUCAAGAAGGACAGCCGGAUGCUGAAGGACGUGAUGCGCGAGAUGCUGCAGAGCCCCCAGCAGCACUACGAGUGCCUCUGCAGCCUCCUGCGCAGGAUCCGGGAGAGCCAGGAGGCCUCGCACGAGCUCAUGCGCUGGGGCCUGGUCCUGGGCCAGGACAUCCACAGGACCCAGGGACGGAUCCUGCCCACGGAGAGGAUCAACCUGCGGCACAGCUCCUUCUUCCCCGCCGAGGACCUGAACUGGAGCAAGGAGGUGUCGCGGGAGGCCUCCAUCUCCACGAUCUCCAUGAACUACUGGCUGCUCGUCUACCCGCGGCGCCUGCAGGACCUCAUGAAGGACCUGGUGGCCGCCAUGAAGAGCGUGUGCGGCCCCAUCGGCAUGCACGUCAACGCCCCCGCCCUGGUGGAGCUGAAGGACGACCGCAUCGAGACCUACGUCAAGACGAUCCGCAGCGUUUUGGGCAGCGAGGACAAGGUGCAGCUGCUGCUCUGCAUCACCACCAAGAGCAAGGAGGAUUUGUACAGCGCCAUCAAGAAGCUGUGCUGCGUGCAGUCCCCGGUGCCCUCGCAGGUCAUCAACGUGCAGUCCCUGAUGGGCCAGUCCAGCAAGAUGAGGAGCAUCAUCCAGAAGGUCCUGCUGCAGAUUAACUGCAAGCUGGGCGGCGAGCUCUGGGGGGUCGACGUCCCCCUGAAGCAGCUGAUGGUCAUCGGGAUGGACGUCAGCCACGGCAGGGGGAUGCGCUCCGUCAUCGGCUUCGUCGCCAGCAUCAACCAGGUCCUGACCAAGUGGUACUCGAGGGUGGUCUUCCAGAUGCCCCAGCAGGAGAUCGCCGACAGCCUGCGGCUCUGCCUGGCCGAUGCCCUGCAGCACUUCCACGAGAUGAACCACUGCCUGCCCAAAAAGAUCGUGGUGUACCGGGACGGCGUGUCCGACGGGCAGCUGGACACGGUGGUCAAGUACGAGGUCCCGCAGCUGCAGAAAUGCUUCGACACCUUCGAGAACUACCGGCCCAGCAUGGUGGUGGUGGUGGUGCAGAAGCAGAUCAGCACCAACUUCUACACCGACACCUCGGAGAGGCUGGCGUCCCCCCCGGCGGGGACGGUCGUCGACCACACCAUCACCAGCACGGACUGGCAGGAUUUCUACCUGCUGGCUCACCGCGCCCGCCAGGGCUGCAGCAUCCCCACGCGCUACGUCUGCGUGCUGAACACGGCCAACCUCAGCGCCGAGCACCUGCAGAGGCUGACCUUCAAGCUGUGUCACCUCUACUGGAACUGGCCGGGCACCAUCCGCGUGCCGGCGCCCUGCAAGUACGCGCACAGGCUGGCCUUCCUGGCGGGGCAGGUGCUGCACCACGAGCCGGCCGCCCAGCUCUGCGACAGGCUCUUCUUCCUCUGA